AUGGCUAGCCGUGGAGAUCGCUGGGAGCGGGAUCGCCUCAGUGGCGACCGCGAGAGAGGCCGCUUCGUCGAGGAGGAGCGCGAGCGGGAGCGCGAUCGGGUCUUCAUGAGCGGCGGCCGCAGCCACCGCGACCACUCGGACGAGCGCUUCGACCGCAAGUACGGCCGGACGUCCUACGAGGACGACAUUGUCCGCGACCGGCGCUUCUACGAGGACGACCGCUUCGACCGCCUCGACCGCCGGUCCGACGUCCGCGGCGACUCGUACGACCGCCGCGUCGUCAUGGAAAAGGAGCGCGACCGCGAGUAUCUUCGCGACCCGUCGCCUCGCCGCCCGACGCUGCUGCGCCGCCAGUCGUCCCUCGACACCUACGACCGCCGGCCGCUGCCCCGGUUCCUCGACCAGCGCGACGAGUAUCCGCCGCCGGCCCGCCGCGAGGACAUCCGCCGCGAGGACAUCCUGCGCGAGGACUACCACGCGCCCAAGUACACGCCCAUCCCGCUGCCCAAGACCCGCGGCCUGCCGCCGGCCCGCAGCCGCGACUCGCGCUCGACCAAGAGGAGCCACCACCGCCGUGGCCGGUCCCGCGUGUCCAAGUCGUCCAGCCGGUCGUCGAGCAUCAGCAGCAGCAGUUCGAGCUCCAGCAGCAGCAGCGGGGGCACCACCGUCAAGAGCGCCAAGAGCUCCAAGAGCGAGUAUCCGAAGAAGGGCAAGACGCGGAUUCCCCUGAGGCUGGUGUCGAAGCGGGCCUUGAUUGACAUCGGCUAUCCCUUUGUCGAAGAGGGCAACGUCAUUGUCGUCCAAAAGGCACUCGGCCAAGCCAACAUUGACUACCUGCUGAAGCUCAGCGAGGAGUACAAGAGCAGCGAGCUGGAAGUCUCUGCUGCCCGCUCCUCCGCCGGCGACUUUCGGCGAGAGGAGCUCAUCAUCCACCACGAGACGCCCGCCCCUCCUCCUCCUCCGCCGCAGCCGCAGCCCCAGCCGCAGCCCCAGACCAUCGUCGUCGCGGCGCCCGCUCCGCCUCCGCCCGUCAUCAUCGAGGCGGCCCCGCGCGACGCCGUCGAGCUCGUCGACAAGACCGUCGGCAAGGAGAUCCGCGCCGAGAUCCGCGCCCUCGAGAAGGAGCUGGCCAUCCGGCCGCGCGUCUCGGGCGAGCGCGAGGUCAUCCGCACCGAGCGGCUGCCCAACGGCGAGCUGGUCGUCUACGAGGAGCAGGUCGAGCGCGUCGCCUCCCACAAGCCGGCGCGCAUCGAGAAGGACAAGAAAGGUCCUGGCCCUGGACGCAUGCGAGCGAUGCUAGCCACGCUUACAUGA